GAGGGAAAGCGGCAAGUAAGAUGGAAGAUGAGGAGGUCGCUGAGAGCUGGGAGGAGGCGGCAGACAGCGGGGAAAUAGACAGACGGUUGGAAAAAAAACUGAAGAUCACACAAAAGGAGAGCAGGAAAUCCAAAUCUCCUCCCAAAGUGCCCAUUGUGAUUCAGGACGAUAGCCUUCCCACGGGGCCCCCUCCACAGAUCCGCAUCCUCAAGAGGCCCACCAGCAACGGUGUGGUCAGCAGCCCCAACUCCACCAGCAGGCCAGCCCUUCCAGUCAAGUCCCUGGCACAGCGGGAGGCAGAGUACGCCGAGGCCCGGAAGCGGAUCCUGGGCAGUGCCAGCCCUGAGGAGGAGCAGGAGAAACCCAUCCUCGACAGGCCAACCAGGAUCUCCCAACCCGAAGACAGCAGGCAGCCCAAUAAUGUGAUCAGACAGCCCCUGGGUCCUGAUGGGUCACAAGGCUUCAAACAGCGCAGAUAAAUGUGGGCAAGAAAGGAUGCCGCUGCUGCCGCCGUCACCGCCUUCUGGGUCGUCCGCCACGGGUCGCACUGCCGUGGCAGACAGCUGGACUUGAGCAGAGGGAACGACCUAACUUACUUGCACUGUGAUCCCCCUUGCUCCGCCCACUGUGACCUUGAACCCCAUGCACUGUGACCUUCCCCCUCCCCCCCUUCCCACUGUGAUUGGCAUAUCAACAAGGGCUGUCCCAAGUCAAUGGAAAGGGAAAGGGUAGGGGUUCAGGGAGGGUUGGGGGGACCCACCAAGGACUCAGAGUAGAGUCAGACUGUGCCACUUGGGGUAAAGCCAGUGCCAGCAAUAACAGUUUAUCAUGCUUAUUAAUUUGGGAUUUUCAAAACACAGAUGAGAACCCCGCCCCCAAGUGCAUGUCUUUAUCACUUAAAAAGCAAGUUCCAUUUGAAAAUAUGCUUUUUUUUUCUAUUUCUGUUUGUUUAUACAAAUAUCUGAUUUGCAAGAAAAAUUGCAUGGGAGGGGAUUUAGCAGUUUAAUGAAUUUUUAAUUGAGAAAGGGUAGUUUGGUAGUCUACUUAAAAAAAAAAUGUUUCUAGGAAAUGUACUAGAAACAUUAACCGAUAGGAUUUGGGUGAGCUUAGCUUCUGUAUUCCUACUGCCACCCAGAAAAGGGGCAGGUCUCUGUAGCCCCCAGGACAGGUGAGCACCCCGUGCCUAUACCUCCCUCCCCCCAGCUAAGUCCCAGGGCAUCUUGGCCCUUCCUGGAGACUGGGCUAGCUCUACAGGUUCUGAGAGCCUGGGGAGGGUGCCAGCCCCACCUCUGGUAUUUUGGGAGGCAGGAAAAGUGAACAGACUUUUUCUUCCCAGGCCCCUCAGGGUGGUUCCCUACCAGCCAGGCUUGCUACUUCUAGAAGAGAGCAUAGUGUCAGGGAGUAAAACUCUGCACACCUGAGCUUAGAAGAAAGGCUUGCAAGACUUGUUCAGUAUUUUGCUGUUAGCACAAGGAAAACCAGGAGAGAGUCUUACUCCAGAACUUUCUGAGCCUUCUGCCUAGUGUGGUCAGAAGGUGGGUGGAUCUUCCUGGUCCAGCAGGGCUUGAACUCUCAAGGGUCUGUAGCGUUCCAUCUCUGUUGAUGGCACCAGCUUGGUAACUGUACCUGGUACAUUUCCUUUUUGAAAUCAGAAUCUUGGGAGCAAACCAUUCUGAAUAAAUAAAGUUGGGGAAAGAAAA